UCUACUCGAGCGACGGUGUAUUCUAGUAGUGCUUAUCGAGAAGAGAUGGUGUUGUUUUGCAGGUCCGCGGCGUUUGCAGUUAGGCAAGCCGCUUCAUUCAUUUUUACUGGUACUCGGCGAUAUAGCACCAAUGCUCCCUUCAAAUUUAUUUUAGCGAGCAAGAAGGGAGAUAAAGAAAAUGUGGGCUUGAUUCAACUGAACCGGCCCAAAGCCCUGAACGCACUGUGCGAUUUGCUAAUGAGGGAGGUAAAUGAAGCCCUCGACCAUUUCGAAGAGGACAGCCAGGUCGGGGCCGUUGUCAUCACCGGCAGCGAAAAGGUCUUUGCGGCGGGAGCCGACAUAAAAGAAAUGCAUAACUGGACUUUUCCGGCUUGCUACACUGGCAACUUCCUGGCGCACUGGAACAGGGUUUGCUCCGCCAAGAAGCCAGUGAUAGCGGCUGUGAAUGGCUUGGCAUUAGGGGGAGGAUGCGAGAUGGCCAUGAUGUGUGACAUUAUUUACGCUGGGGAGAAGGCCCAGUUCGGCCAGCCGGAGAUCCUCCUGGGAACUAUCCCUGGCGCGGGUGGAACCCAACGGCUCACUAGAGCCGUUGGCAAGUCUCUAGCCAUGGAGAUGGUGCUGACGGGGAAACGGCUAACGGCUCAAGAAGCAAAGCAGGCCGGCCUCGUCAGCGGCGUGUUCCCCGUCCAGCAGCUGGUACCGGAAGCUAUCAGGUGUGGGGAGAGGAUAGCUUCAAACUCAAAGAUAAUCACUGCGAUGGCUAAGGAAGCCAUCAAUGCAGCCUUUGAGCUACCGCUGGCUGAGGGGAACCGCCUAGAGAAAAAGCUGUUUUAUGCCACCUUCGCCACCGAGGAUAGGAAGGAGGGAAUGACGGCCUUCUUGGAGAAGAGGAAGGCGUCUUUCAAGGACAAAUAAUGAAAAUGAUGCAAUUACCAGGAAAUGUGAAGUUCCUCAGUUGUACAUAGAUCUGGAGGGUGGCAAGUGGUGGCCCUGGCCACCCUGAAACCUGCCCACCCCAUUGGCCACCCUGGACCGAAGCCUGGCCGCCCCAUUGGCCACCCUGGACCGAAGCCUGGCCGCCCUGAAACCUGGCCGCCCCAUUGGCCACCCUGGACCGAAACCUGGCCCCGCCCCAUUGGCCACCCUGGACCGAAGCCUGGCUGCCCUGAAACCUGGCCACCCCAUUGGCCACCCUGGACUGAAGCCUGGCCACCCCAUUGGCCACCCUGGACUGAAGCCUGGCCGCCCCAUUGGCCACACCCUGUUGUAUUUGUAUUGUAGUUAAAUCAGACUUUAAUAAAAGAACUUUUUUAUUAUGAAA